AGUCCUUUGGUGACUAUUUUGGUUAUUAUGCUGUUAACUGUAGUGUACAACGAAUCGCAAUAUGUAGCUGAGUAUCAAGAUGAUUAUGAAAAGAUCAAACGCCCGUUUGAAUUAUGCGACGAAGGUUCCAAAAAUAAAAUAUGCAAAACAACAAACAUAUGGAGGGAACUGCUCAAAAAUACCGACGAGCUAUUUGACGAUGUUCACGAUUUUAGUCGUGAAUACGCCCAUGAUUAUAUUGAAGAAGAAGAAACUCAACAAAUUGGUCAAAAACGAAAUUCUCAGUUCAAACUUACAAAUCUGGAGCAGUACGACUGUCGUACUACGAAAAACCAUGGAGAACAACGAACGGACUCCCAUCCAAGUUAUAUGGGAAACGUAACCUGUAAUUACACGGCUAAUGAAGCUAUAAAAACAUGGCCGCAAGGAUGGAGCUGUCAGCCAGUGGAAUAUAGAGUUAAAGUACUGUCCAGAAAGGUUCGUGACAAUGAUGAAGAUAUGUCUGAUAAUUUAAAAGGCUGUUGGUUGUUCAGAAGGAUACCAAUGCAUAAGGCUAGAGCACUAUCCAAACAUACACUUGACGAAGACAUCAACGGCAUACCAGCACAUUUAAAGGGAUGUUGGAAGUUCGAAGAAAAAUACAUUCAUGUGGGAUGUAGGUUAAAAUACGUAGGAUGACUUCUUCAUCAACAUUACAAAAUUGGCAACAGACAAAUACUCAACCGCGAAUUAAGCAACAAACAUUUUAUUAAAACUUUCGCUCAUACUAACGACAGGUGUGGAAGAA